CGGGAAUGCGGGACAUGGAAGUAAACAUAUCAGGCAUUCAUUCCCUUGGUAGGGGCCAAGCAUUCGAGAUUCUCGCCCAAAUUACACGCACGCAUCGAAAAAAGAUACUUCCCGCUAAAGAGGCUUUCAGCUUCAGUGAGGACCUCUGGAGGAAGAAGCGUAAUGCCAGAUUUCUGUAUGCAAUAAAGUACGACAUCAGAUAUACGCUCCUCUUAAGUCGCGUAUGCUGUCUACGUUCGACACAAAGGCGUGGCAUUGCUACAUAAAUUCUACAUCGCAGAAUCUUAUCGCCGACAAGGUGUCGGGACGAGACUAAUGAGUUAUAUCCGACAACGUUUGCAAAAUAAGUAUGUUCAAUUAUGGGUGGACAAGGCUAGAACUAGCCCGAUGUCUAUAUUCCCAGCAUGGGUUCGAAGAAUGUGAGGAAAUCGCCGAUUACUACGCGAC